AUGUCAAGAGACCAGGAUUCCCGCCUCAAGACGACCACCGUGACCAGCGCCCCGGAAUACUACGACCAGGUCCUCGCGCUGAGCUCCAAGAUUAUCAAUGACAGCUGGGUGACGCUGUACAGUGACAACGAUGUGCUGCAAAGCAUCGACGUGGACGGCUACAAAGACGGCGGUAAUAAGGGGCAGAUCACGGGGAACCUGAAGCCGUGCCAGUUCUAUCUCAAGCCGCAGGAGGAGUCCAAAAAUAAUAAGAUCCAAGCCAUCUACAAGAUUCGAUUCGAUUCGGGAACCCUGACAACCUCGGGCCACGAUGCCCUUCAGAUGGAUGUCUCUAAUUGGGAGAUUGCCGUCAAUGUGGAGCUGGACAAGCAGAAAUGGAGCAAGAUGACGGAUGAUCAGAAGGGAUCCAUCACCAAGUACUAUGAGCUUCCGGAGGAGGGGGAAGAAGACUCGGGGGCUGGAGAUUAUUCGGUGACUCGGAUUUUUGUGAAAAUUAUAGACGCGAAAAUCAACGACAUCAACGAGGACGAGUCGGUGUUCACGGACGACGAUGGGAACUCGUGCAAGAUCGAUGACUUUGAUGACGCAACCCAGAAUGCUUUGCAGGCCUUCCUUGAUGCCUGGACGGAGAUCCAACACAGCCAGGGAACCAAUACGUUGGGAGUUACCCUGACGCAGCCGUCGGAUCAGGAAGGACCAAGAGAUGUCUGGAUGAACUGCGCGGACUACCAGAAUGAUCAAGCCUCCGCCGAGGACAAGAAGAACUACAGGUGUUUGCUGUGGUGUGAACUCUUGCCUGACCACGACAACCUAAAAAGCCCCGUCAUCGCCACGAGAGCCAACUGGUGCUACCCCGGCAUCGAUGCUACCUACGCCGUCAGUUCGCAGGUGUUCUUUGAGAAGUUCCUCGUCGAGCAGCUGCAGCCGUUAGCUAGAGCUAGCGAGCUCAAGCCCACAACGACUCGUUUGCAUGUCGUUAAGAUGAAUGUCAAGGGAAUGGAUUGCAGUUACAUAGUCGCGGUUUGGAAGUUCAGCGUUGGGCACAACGAGGACCAUACCGCCGCUCUCGACGACUACUUCAAGCUGACCAAGGUGGAGGAGAAGCCGCCCAAGUAUACUUGGUCCAAGACGAACACGGGCGAUACCGGUGCGAAGUGCAUGGACUAUUCCGGGGUGGGAAACGUAUCAGCAUGGGCGAACUUGCGUCAAAGUGGCACGGUCAACCUCACCGUCAGCCCAAACAUCGGGUCCAACAAGAUCUCAGUGUCGGGGAGGAUCAAUUAUAAAUGGGCAUAUCGGGUCUCCGAUGAUGACAACGUCAUGAGCACCGAUCCAGUCGCAUCAGCCAACUAUUCUGGAACCUGGAGCCUCUCUCUGCUCCUGUCAACCGACAAGGACGGUCAACUCCACCUGGCCGUGGACGGUAGCGUUAACCCCCGGGUAACACUCACAUACAGCGUAGGCGAGCUUUCGAACGCGAGCAGCUGGGACACGGAUAUCGCGGACCUGCUUCAAUCGCAGAUCUCCGACGCUAUCACUGCGGCCAAGGAGAACCUGACAAAUCUCUUCCUGACUGCGGGCAAGUUCGUCUACCCUUCCAACGGGUUGCUGUCCUUUACCGACCCCGUCUUUAAUGAGGAAGGGGAUGUCCUGGCGUCGGUGGAAUAUAAGCCGAUGACCACGGUUACGGUUCCGAGUCCCAGCGCCGGACCCAAGCUGACAACAUAUGCCGCCUCGGAGGAUAAAUCCCUGGAAAACCGGAUUUCAUCAUCCGGAUGAAGGUCUCUCCUUCCAUCUCCUCGUUUUCCUCCUCUUGCUGUAGUUGUUGCCUCUUUCCAC